AUGUUGCAGUCUGUCGACCCGGAGGAACCAGAUGUUGUGGAAAUUGAGUUGAGGCAACGACACAAUCAUCAACUUUCAACAUAUGAAAAGUUUGAAGAAAGACUUACUCAGUUUGAAAAAAUAAUUGGAUCAAUUCAAAAAGAGAUUGCGAGGUUGCUCCUGAACCCGCAACAAGAAGAAGAUCAAGAACAACAUCAACACAAGGCCAAACACAUUUUGAAUCUUUUGCACAACACUAUUCAAGGGGUUCAAAUCAUUGCGGACGGGGUCAGUGCUUUUGAAAGUCAAAUUAGUGAAUUUAACAUCAAGUGGAAGAGCGUUGCUUCCAGGAUCGCGGGUCAUGGAAAAAUAUUUGAGAAACUUGUAGCUGCGUGUGGGGGUAUUAAGGGGGAGACUGAUAGUUAUGGCCCUAAUAGAUCUAUCAGAGCCAAUCAAGAGGCUCUUGCUAGCAAUUGA